AUGGACCACCUGCAAGACCCCCUCGAUCAUUUCCACCGUCUCAACCGGGCAGCCCUUCAUGAGUUCGUCCGUCAGCCGGUCACCCGCGAGAUGGUCGCUCAUCUGGGCAUGCAAGCCUCGCGGGUGAUCCGUUGUGAACCGCAUGUGACCAGUACUCACGAUGAUCAACAACAACAACAUCAACACCACGAAUCUCGCCAUGGACAGCCGACUCCGCCGACUACUCCCCCCAUGGACCCCGUGGACGCCCAACUCCCUCCCCUUCCCUCCAUCGAAACCUUCAUCGCCUCCCUUGUCACCCGCUCCCAGGUCCAGGUCCCAACCCUCAUGACCUCGCUGGUCUAUCUGGCCCGACUGCGCGCUCGUCUCCCCCCCGUCGCCAAGGGCAUGCGCUGCACCGUCCACCGCAUCUUCCUCGCCUCGCUCAUCCUCGCCGCCAAGAACCUCAACGACUCCAGUCCCAAGAAUAAGCACUGGGCCCGCUACACCGCCGUCAAGGGAUACCACGGCUUCUGCUUCUCCCUCCCCGAGGUCAACCUCAUGGAGCGCCAGCUGCUCUUCCUGCUCGACUGGGACACCCGCGUCACCGAGGACGACCUCUUCCGCCAUCUUGAGCCAUUCCUGGCUCCCAUCCGCCGCCACCUGCAGCUCCAGGAAGAGAAGAAACAACAGCAGCUGCAACAGGAACAGUCCCGCGAAUGGCGCCGCUUCCACACCUCCGCCGAUCUGCUCGCCUGUCGCCUGCGUCGCCAGAAGCUCGAGGCCCGCCUCGAGGCCGUCCACCGCGCCAACUCGGUGCACCGACGCUCGCGUCUGCCCCCAAGCCCCAGCUCGGCCAGCUCGCUUUCCUCGCUCUCCUCGACCAGCGCCUCGCCUGCAUCGCUCGCUGACGGCACCAACUCCGAUCGUUAUCGCCCGUACCCGCCGCGGCGGCGUCCGUCCUCGCGCGCCGGUGCCUCCGUCUCGGUCUCCCCGCCCUCCAUCCAGGACGUGCCCGCGCUCUCGCGCGCCGAGACCCUCCCCUCGCUCUGCUCGCGCGCCUCCAGCGUCGCCCCCAGCUCGCGCGGCACCCCGGCCAGCCUGCGCACCUCCAGCUCGAUCGCUAGCAUCACCGACGAGGAGGUCCGCGUCGUCGACGCCGACGCCUCCGUCUCUGUCUCCGCCUCGCGCAGCCCCUCCCUCCGUGCCGGCUACGUCCAUCUGCCCUCGACCACCUCGCUCGACGAGAUCCCCGCCCAGCCGCCCAAGAAGCUGCGCAUGGUCGGCCACAGCGGCAGCUCCGGGUUCAUGGCGCGGUUUCUGGCGUCGGCGGCGGGGUCCUACAUGCCUGGGCGGAUGCGGGCGCACUAG